CUUGGACUGUCCCAGCCCGGCUGGUAUGAGGGUGCAGGCAACGAUGAGAUUCACACCAACAUCGAAACUGGCUCUCUCGCACCGACAUCGACCCCCGGCACCAAGAAAAGUCAUUCGUCUCGAACACCUCCAGAACAGCCGUCGUCCCACGCCUGCUCUGUAUUGCCAUCAACGUUUCCGGCUCAACCAUCAUGCGUUCAUUCCUUGCCGUGCUACUGCUCGCCUGGAGUGGCACCAUCGUCUCCGCUGAGCCCUCGGAGUGGGCCGAACGACGCUUCUACUACAGCGAGGCAUCCUGUCCAGGCUCUGGACCCGACCCCAUAACGAUAGGGUCGUCGGCCACAGUUACCCUGUUCUGGCCCUCGGAAGCAUGUCAGGGCCCAGUGCAGUCUCCCUGCCAGGACCGGACCGGCUCCAGCCCUUUCGGGGCCUCUGAGAGGACCGUAUGCGAGCCGCUGUCCUCGGCCCUUUCCGCAUUCACCUCAGGACAAGCCCCGGCCGAUUCGCACUUGGUCGUGAGCGAGUUUACCCACCGCGGCAACGUCCACACCUGUGCUCUCACCACCGACACCGUCCAGCUUGUCCAGAAAGUCUUCCGGGCCGACAACCGAUGUCAUGCCAUCGAGCCGGGCUGGUUUGCGCGGGCCAAAUGCGACGAUCUUGGCGGAAUGCUGUGGACAUGCAUCGACAGCGAAUGCAUCUCAAACUGUCAGCUCCGACACUACUCGAGCUCCGAGUGCUCCGUCGACAGCGAGGGUGCCGUUGUCGGGAUGCACUGCGUCAGAGGCACCGUCCCGCCUGCACCCGAUCCCGUCCAUAGCCUCAACAUGACGCUCUGA